AUCCUCGAAUCUUCUCCAGGUGUAACAGAAGUGAGCAUAAUAGAAAAGCUGCCUGCUGAACGUCAUAUGAUUUCUUCGUGGGAACAAAAAAACAAUUGCGUGAUGCCUGAAGAUGUGAGAAACUUCUAUUUGAUGACCAAUGGUUUUCACAUGACAUGGAGUGUGAAGCUAGAUGAGCACAUCAUUCCACUGGGAAGCAUGGUGAUUAAUGGCAUUUCAAAACUGACUCAGCUCAUCCAGUCCUCGAUGUAUUCCCUUCCUAAUGCACCAACUCUGGCGGACCUAGAGGAUGAUCAAGAAGACAAUGAAGACCAGCAAGAGAAGCCUCACUUUGACGGUCGCAGUGUGAUAUUUGAGCUAGACUCAUGCAAUGGUAAUGGGAAGGUUUGCCUCGUCUACAAACACGGGAAACCUGGAUUAGCUCAUGACACUGAGAUCUGGUUCCUGGACAGAGCACUAUACUGGCAUUUUCUCACAGAUACCUUUACUGCCUAUUACCGCCUGCUCAUCACCCACCUGGGCCUGCCCCAGUGGCAGUAUGCCUUCACCAGCUAUGGCAUUAGCCCACAGGCCAAGCAAUGGUUCAGUAUGUACAAACCCAUCACCUACAACACAAGCCUGCUCACAGAAGAGACCGACUCCUUUGUGAACAAGCUGGACCCCAGCAAAGUGUUCAAGAGCAAGAACAAGAUCUUAAUCCCAAAAAAGAAAGGGCCUGUGCAGCCUGCCAGUGGCCAGAAAGGACCCGGACUCUUAGCUCCACUUACCCCUAAACCUUCCUCUGGCUCUGGAAACCCUGUCCGAAAAUAAGCAUCCCUCACAUCAGCCUCACAGCAGUGAUACCAGCACACAGAUGCCCUGGGGCGGCCCCAUCUUCAGACACUUUGUGACUGUAGGCAUUGUCCUGAGGGACCAAAGCCUUAGGCCAGGAGUUGGAAAAACCAUACUGAAUUCUCCCCAGGAGUCCUUUCCUCCGUAUGUUGUGCCAACCCCAUCUCCAAAACCAGCUAAGACUUUCAGAUGUGUCUAGA